UAAACAACAAAAAAUUAAACAAUCACACAGCCUAAAAAUCCCCCAGAAACGCCCCACACCCACUUGCAUCACCUUCACCCCGUUGACGUAGAAACACCUCUCUCUCUCUCUCUCUCCCUCUCCAAUUCAGCACCGGCGAUGCAGGGGCUCCGAGACGGCGGCGUGCGGCUGGAGCUAACGCCAACUACCAAUUCCCCGCUGGCCAUCGACGUGUCGGAGACGGCGGAGACUCGGAUCCGGCGGCUGAUAGCGGAGAACCCCGUCGUGGUCUUCAGCCGAUCCUCCUGCUGCAUGUGCCACGUCAUGAAGAGCCUCCUCUCCGCCAUCGGCGUCCACCCCACCGCCAUCGAAUUGGACGAGGACGAGAUCCCCGCCCUCCCGCCCUCUGCCGACGGAUCCGCAGGCGGCGCUCCAGCGGUGUUCAUCGGCGGGACUCGCGUCGGCGGCCUGGAGAGCCUGGUUGCGCUCCACCUCGGCGGUCACCUCGUGCCCAAGCUCGCGGAAGUCGGUGCCUUUUAAUGGUACUGUAAUUUAGUGUGGAUUUUCAAGUGUAUAUGUGUACAACACGUAUGUAAUUGUGAUUGCAAAAUAACAAAGCAAAAAAACUAGGCAAAAUAACAUAAGAAUAUGGCAUGUCUGCGUUGGACUGGUGGGCAGUCCAAGUGAUUGCAACCAUUUCAAAGUAUUUUUAAUGGUCUAGAUAGAUUUGUUAAUAGUAGUAAUAUCUUGCCAAUAAGAUACUUUAAAACAAGUUUGAACUGUUUAUAUGGCCGAAAUUCAACUUCGGAGGACGGCCUGAUCCCCCCUCAAUUCCUGUUGUAUAUUUGUAUGUUGUUGGUUGGUAUAGUAAUAAUUAUGGAUUGUGUGCAUGUUAUUAA